AUGGCCGAUCGGCAGCCGGCGGAAGCGUCCCGACAACACCAGAACAAUCGGGCCAUCGGUAGGGCACUUUUUGACCGAUUUUCAGACUUGAAAUUGGUUUUUUAACGAUUUUCUACAAAAAAAUCUGUGCUUUUGUUUUUGCUGAAUUUUUCUGAUUUUCUAGGUGAAAAUUAAUUUUUCGUAGGUUUUUGCGCAUUUCCAGUUUUUCAAAUUUUCUAGCACAUUUCUCUACUGUUCCCCUCAAUUUCGCAAUUUUUCAGCGCCUCGACCUUCACACACUCAUCAAAAUCAUCAAAAGUCGAGUAUGGGACACGGGUACCAGGUGAAGCCGACGAAACGGUUUCAGACUGAGUCACGGCCCAUCACCAACUGGUACUAUGAGGUUUGUCGCCCGGAAAAUGGGGCGGAAAUGAGAUUUUUUCAAUGAAAAAGUGAUAGAAUUGAUUGAUUUCGUAACCGAUUGAUUGAUCGAGUCAUGUGAUUUAGUUUAACGUCCGCCUUUAUCUUGUGAUUGAACGUUGUGAUCGGGAAGUGUACUUUUGAACCGGAAAUUCGUCGGAAAUUUUGAUUUUCAAAAAGAACACGGAAAUUUAAAAUAUGCCGUUUCAACCGCAUUUUCUUUCAGUCUAGCACAGAAUCGCGGCGAUUGGAAGCGAAAUUCUGUCAGUUCAACCCUUUGCACGUGCUGUCGACGGAUCGGAUCAAGGAUCACGAGCACUACGAUUGUCCCGACCGCACGUGGCAUCCGGCCGAGAAUAUCGGCAAAUAUCGCGAUUUUGACCUUUAA